GCUGCUGCCCCCCGUUCACACUUGGGCACCUGCAGCAGGCAGGGCAGGGGAGCCGAGGUCCUCGACCAGCUGGGGGUCUGCUCUGUCCAGAUCGGCUCGCACCCCGUCCCGGCCCACCAGGACCUCCCCGCAGCCCUCACGAGAGCAGCAGCCCACUUUGCCAAGAUGUCCAAGGUAGCCAAGUAUCGCCGGCAGGUGAGCGAGGACCCCGACAUCGACAGCCUGCUGUCCACCCUGUCUCCUGAGGAGAUGGCGGAGCUGGAGAAGGAGCUGGACGUGGUGGACCCAGAUGGGAGCGUCCCCGUGGGGCUGCGCCAGAGGAACCAGACGGAGAAGUCGUCCACGGGCGUGUACAACCGGGAAGCCAUGCUCAACUUCUGUGAAAAGGAGACCAAGAAACUUAUCCAGAGGGAGAGGUCCAUGGAUGAGGGCAAGCAAGUGGAGACCAAGACAGAUGCCAAGAAGGGAGAGGAAAGGGGCAGAGAUGCCAGCAAAAAGCCCCUGGGCCCCAGACGGGACUCAGACCUGGGGAAGGAGCCAAAGAGGGGCGGUUUGAAGAAAAGCUUCUCAAGAGACAAGGACGAAGCUGAAAGCAAAGGCUCAGAGAGGCCCAAGGAGGAGAAGCUCAUCAGGGGCCUCGAGAAGGGCCGGGUCAGGGCCGCGGUGGACAAGAAGGAGGCCGGGAAGGAGGGGCGGGCGCAGGAGGGGACGGCAGCCCCCAGGAAGGACGAGGAGAAGCAGGGCAGUGCGAGCGGAGACAAGGGGAAGAAGGGAGAGGAGAAGAAGGAAGCAAGCCAGAGAGAGGGGGCCGAGAAGGUGAAGGGGCAGAGGAAGGACACGGACGCCCGGACGGAGGGCCAGGAGGUGGAGAGAGGGAGCAGGGACAGGGGUGCCAGGCCGGAGGACAAGAAGGCCAGAAAAGAGGAGCCCCGUCGUGCAGAGGCCCCCCGUGAAGAGACCAAGAGCCCGGCGCCAGAGAGAUCAGCCCCUGGAGCCCCCGCUGAGCCCACCGACGGGCCCGCCCAGGCUGAGGAGGAGGCGGCCCCCAGCGUCUUUGACGAGCCCCUGGAGCGGGUGAAGAGCAACGACCCGGAGGUGACCGAGCUCAACGUGAACAACUCGGACUGCAUCACCACCGAGAUCCUGGUGCGCUUCGCCGAGGCGCUGGAGUUCAACACGGCCGUCAAGGUCUUCGCCUUGGCCAACACGCGGGCGGACGACCACGUGGCGUUCGCCAUCGCCAUCAUGCUGAAGGCCAACAAGACCAUCACCAGCCUGAACCUGGACUCCAACCGCAUCACCGGCAAGGGCAUCCUGGCCAUCUUCCGGGCCCUCCUGCAGAACAGCUCGCUGACGGAGCUCCGCUUCCACAAUCAGCGCCACAUCUGUGGCGGCAAGACCGAGAUGGAGAUGGCCAAGCUGCUCAAGGAGAACACCACGCUGCUCAAGCUGGGCUACCACUUCGAGCUGGCCGGGCCCCGCAUGACCGUCACCAACCUGCUCAGCCGCAACAUGGACCGGCAGCGGCAGAAGCGGCUGCAGGAGCGCCGGCAGGAGCGGGAGGCCCGUGGGGCCGAGGCGCUGCUGGAGGUGCCCCGAGCCGGGGCCCCCGCCCGGGGCUCCCCCAGACCCUCCCCGCAGUCGUCCCCCAGGGCCGCUCCCAGGACCUCCCCGGGGAAAGGGGGCGCCCCAGCCGCGCCCCCGCCCCCGCCGCCGCCCCUGGCCCCACCGCUCCUCAUGGAGAACCUGAAGAACUCGCUCUCGCCGGCCACCCAGCGGAAGAUGGGCGACAAGGUCCUCCCCGCCCAGGAGAAGAACUCCCGGGACCAGCUGCUGGCCGCCAUCCGCUCUAGCAACCUGAAGCAGCUCAAGAAGGCCGAUGACGUCAUCCCCUCCGAGCCUGGGUUGGGGGCGCAGCGCCACCUGGCGGACAGCGCGGCCCCGGGCCUUCUGCCGCGCAGCGUUCCGAGCCCGGAGGGUGGACAGCUGGACCUGGCGAGGCCCAACUGCUGGGAGGCCUGGGGAAAAGUGCCCCCCUCCCCCAUCCCCUCCCCGUCCCCUCGCCGGGCCUGGGGGCUGUGUGUACAAGCUGGGGCCCAGGCCCUGGAGGCACCGGGCCUGCAGGGCUAUUCGGCCCACUUCCUGUCGUAG